AACAAAUUGGAGUGUGGGGUCGGCUGAAGUAAUUAAUCGUAUUAACUAAUAUCCAAUGGCAUGCAUAAGAACAGAAUAGAAAAGAAAGAUCUAAAAUCUUAUCAAUAAUUUAUUUGGGAACAUAGGUAAGAAAAUUGACCAAAAGACAGUGUAUGGAGAUUCCAAAAUCCUACAAGUGAAAGCAGUAGUGUUGUAACCAAAACAAUUUUUUUUUGGUAAGAGAGAAAUCCGCAGCCGCUACAAUCUUUGCCACAGCCUCUGACUUUGUGCGCCCUGGGUAAACCUCCCUUUGUGUAAUAGCCUGCAAACUACACAGAUGAUGUAAACCGCACUAGGCAGGCCCUGUGCGACAGAUUCAACCCUAGAAGGCAUUGAGGGGGGAAUCGAUCCUAGGUCAUCCGUAUGAAUAACCGCCCUCCAAACCAACUGGGUAAUCCCGAAGGGUUUAACCAAAACAAGUUGACACUGAGAAUGGCUAUGAAAAAUAUACCCACUGUUGAUUUGAUUCCAUUCUUCAGACAAGGAAGUGAAGAUGAAAGGUUAAAAGUUGUAGACUCCAUUACUAAAGCCUGUGUUGAGUAUGGCUUCUUUCAAAUUGUGAAUCAUGGGGUACCCUUUGAUCUGACCAGUGAAGCUCUGAAGCUGGCAAAAGCUUUCUUUGAGUCUCCAAAUGAAUUAGCUAAACUCAAAUGCUGUCCACUGCCUAAUGCACCUGUUCCCGCAGGCUAUAACAAGAAGCCUAAUCCUUCUUAUGAGUUCAAUGAAUUCCUCAUCAUGCUUCCACCUGGUUCCCAUUUUAACAUCUUCCCUCCCAAUCCUCCUCAAUUUCGAGAGGUGAUGGAAGAGUUAUUCUGCCAAUUCUUGAAGAUAGGGAUAGUUGUUGAGAGCAUCCUGAGCGAGUGCCUGGGGCUUCCUCCCUCCGCGAUGACAGAAACUGGGAUUUCCUCAUUGCUUUAUUUUACUUGCCAGCAACAGAGACAGAAAGGAUAGGGACAAAUUCACAUAAAGAUGUCAGUUGCUUCACAAUUGUGUUACAUGAUGAAGUUGAAGGCCUCGAGGUUCAAAAGGAUGGCGAAUGGAUCCUAAUACCCCCACAACCAGGUGCCCUUGUUGUCAAUAUUGGCGAUGCUCUUCAGGUAAAUCUCUCAAAGUGCAGUCAGUUAGAGAGUUGAUUAUUAGCUAGUUGGUAGAGUUGUAAUUACCUUAUAUUUUACUGGUCCUUUCGAACGACAAAUUCAAAAGCCCAAGUCAUAGGGUGGUGCUAAGACCUAAUGGAAGAUCAAGGAAUUCAUUUGCAUUCUUCUACAGUUUGUCAGGAGAAAAGUGGAUUGAACCACUUCCCCAGUUUACAAAGGAGAUUGCAGAAAGACCAAAAUACAGACCCUUCUUGUACAAAGAGUAUCUACAGAUAAGAAAACAAAACAAGUCUAAGCAUGUCUCCAGGCUUGAAGAUGAGAUUACCAUAUCACAUUAUGCAAUCCCUGAGGAGUAAUGUUAGACAAAAUAAAAAAGGUAAUGGCUUGUAAUUUGUAAGACAUAUAUAUGCUCAUGAUCUCGGCCUUUUCACAAUAUCUGAUACAGACUUCUAUAUACUUAAUUAUAUACAUGUGGAUCGGAGAAGAGGUUGAUGAGAUAAUAUAUGGUAUCAGUGAGUAGAACUUUCAUAAUC